AUGGCCGCCACCAAUAGUGAUAACUUCGCAACGCUGAGUCUCAGCGACCGCUUUGUCCAAAUUAUCAAUGGAAAAGCUUCUCAAACGGAGAAGAAUCGACAUGGCAUCAAUCCAGCGAACCUGAGAGCAAAAGCAGAGGUCCCUAUUGCUACACGCGGGGAUCUUGACCUUGCCGUCGCCGCAGCAAAAGAUGCCUUCAAAGGAUGGUCGAAGGUUCCCUAUGAAGACCGGAAGAAGGCAGUCCUGGCGUAUGCGGAUGCUGUUGAUAGCUACAGAACCCAGUUCAGGGACUUGCUAAUCUCUGAGCAAGGAAAGCCUAUCCCUCAAGCAGACGCCGAGACAGAUGCUGCUAUCAGCUGGAUCCGUGGCAUGGCCAAUAUUCCGCUCCCAGAGGAUGUUGUAGAGGACAACGAUCACCGAACCAUCAUCACUCGUUACGCUCCUCUGGGUGUGGUUGGGGCUAUUGUUCCUUGGAACUUUCCCUUGCUCCUGGCCACAGGUAAGAUCGCGCCAGCUCUCCUGACCGGAAAUGUGAUCAUUGUGAAGCCCUCACCUUUCACACCGUACUGUGGGUUGAAGCUGUCCUUGAGCGGAGACGAUGACCUUGGCCCUUGGUUGACAAGUCACCCGGGCAUUGAUAAGAUCAGCUUCACUGGAUCCACAGCGACCGGAAAACUGGUGAUGCAGAGUGCUAGCAAAACUUUGAAAAGGGUUACAUUGGAGUUGGGAGGAAACGAUCCCGCCAUCGUGUUUCCGGACGUAGAUGUUGACAAGGUCGCUGAAAAGGGUUAUAACCUUGGUGAUGGCUCGCAACCCGGGGUAACUCACGGUCCUCUACAGAACUCAAUGCAGUAUGAACGAGUCAAGACAUUCUUUUCGGAUAUUGAGUCGCAAGGAUGGAAAGUUGCCGUUGGGGGCAGCAUCGAGAAGUCCCAAGGCUAUUUCAUAACUCCUACCAUCAUCGAUCGGCCUCCCGAGAAGUCUCGUCUGGUUGUCGAGGAGCCUUUUGGACCUAUUGUUCCCCUUCUAUCCUGGAGCAACGAAGACGAGGUUAUUUCCCGAGCCAAUGAUACGUCGAUGGGUCUUGGAGCAUCCGUCUGGUCGAACAAUCUGGAUAAAGCAGCAAGAGUUGCCAGACAAAUUCAAGCCGGUAAUGUCUGGAUCAACACACACUUCGAUCUCUCACCCCUCGCUCCGUUCGGAGGGCACAAGGAGAGUGGCAUUGGGACCGAGUGGGGCGCAAAUGGCCUGAAGGGGUUCUGCAACGUGCAGACCCUGUUUCUUAACAAGCAAGUUGUUAGCUAG